AUGCAGAGUCUGUCAUUACCGCGUCCGAACUCACAUCCCUCAACGCCGUUUGGGCGACCUACAGAGCCAGAAUUCGGUCUGGCAAGGCUCUUUUCCAAGUUCAGUCCCAGCCGGUCUGAACAGCAAGGCUAUCCAUCCCCUCCCAUGUCAGAGCCUCAUUCUCCCGCUCAACGCCCAGCACGUACUGUUGAAUCUGAGCGUCUUCAGUACCCUGCACCGUUUAGUGUACCACACAGAGUCGAAGCUGGCCUACCUCUACCACCACCUUCUUCAGCAUUGUUCGACCCUCGCCAGCCAUUACCGAGCCAAAGCAACCCACAGCAGAGGUCGUUGUAUUCUGGCGGACAUCACCCUCAACACCAGGCGCACCACUACCAGCACGGCCGUCCAGUGGAGCAUACUUCUUAUGGAGCAACCUCAACUCCACGAAGUUAUGCCUACAACUAUCCGCCGCCUCCUGGCGCGUCCCCAUACAUUUUGGGAGCACAGCACACCGGGGGUCAGGCGCAGUCUGCGACAAUAACAGCCCCACCGCCUGCUAGGCCUUCUAAACCCGCAAGACGAACAAAAGCCCAUGUAGCCUCCGCUUGCGUCAACUGCAAAAAGGCGCAUCUUAGCUGCGAUGUGCAACGGCCGUGCGGAAGAUGCGUCGCAUCUGGAAAACAGGACACAUGCAAGGACGUGUUACAUAAAAAACGAGGAAGACCACGACUAAGAGACGAUAGAGACUUCACUAGACCGGACGAGGGAAGACAACAGCCUGAUCGGUCUCUAGGUUCGAGCUUACCGGUAACGGAUGCUUUCGCACACCAGGCGCCUCACCCAGCAUCGCAUCCACAUCCGCAUCGAGUCGUCGAUUCACCCCAUACAAGUGUUGCACAAAGAGAGAACAGUAUUCCAAGCGUAGUCGCAUCAUCUAUCGGAGGUCGCACCCAACAGAUCAGCAGUUAUGGUGGGAUGUCGGCACCCUCCUACGCUAUGGGACCGGAUUUGGCGUACCAGUCUUUGCCUGUCGCUUUCCUGAACUUGGACCUAGUCAUCCAGAAGUCAAACCAAGCGUUCCAAGAUCUGGUCUCCUUCCUAGGCAAUGUCGUGGGAAAACAUCUCGGAGAGCUACUUGAAACGAGACACGCCGAAGGCUUGCAGCGGUUGCGCAAUGAGCUCCGUGAUGAGCGGGACGAACGCGAGCCAACGUACAUGGCACCUAUCACACCAAUUGGGCACGACCCGAUGCGAUCAGUGAUGGAUUCUGUGGCAGAUCGAGACGUCGAACAUGUCAGCCAUGGCUUCACCGACAGGCCCAUCUUCCUGAGCUAUCUUCUUCCCAAUGGACAAUACCAGUCUCUUCAAACUCAGAUUCGACUCGCCAGGACGUCGUUGUAUUUCGUCACGAUGGUUGUGCGUACCGCCCCGUCUAGGCCUCUUGGUCCUCCUCUUUUGACGCAACAGCUGGCGCCUCCGGCACCCAUCCAUGCGUUGCAGUCCAUGUCGGCACCGACACCUGUUCCGUCAAGGACUGGGCAUUACACCCCACAACAAGCUCGACCGCCUUCAUCGGCGAGCUCUGCUCCCAACUCGCCCUACUCUUUCAACUUUUCGUCAGUCCGCACCUCGUUGCCAAGCUUCAGUCCCACCUCUUACGCAAGCAGUCCGACGUAUGGCUACUCUCCCACUGCUGGUCCGGAGGCCAGCUACUUCCCAACCUACCAUCCUCCACAGUCAGCAGCACAUGCUACCCCUUACGCAUCUGUACCACGGACAGCGCCGGCAACAUCAGAGCCCCUACACGAGCUCAAUCGGUCAGCCCGACUCGAGGGUCUGCAGCUUCCUCCCAUUCGAACGGGGCCAGCUCCUCUGGGCUCACCACUCCACCUUGCGACCAGCCAUAGCACAAUCGAUAGCGAUCGAGAGCGCGGGCGGCGGAGAGAAUCAAGUUCCAGUGUCGACAAACGUCCGGAUACUCCUGGAGAAGCCGGUAAGCGUCGACGCCUCAAUAUCCACGAGGUGCUAGAGUAG